AUGUCUGGACAGUGUCAGUUAGCUGCCACCAGUGAACGUGUGCGUGAAGGUGACGAGAAUGUGGAGCGAGGUAACUGGUCCUCGAAGAUUGACUACUUGCUCUCAGUGAUCGGUUCUGCUGUGGGUUUGGGCAAUGUAUGGAGAUUCCCGUACCUGGCCUACAGAAAUGGAGGAGGUAUUGUCAUGAAAUCCAAAAUACAGGGGAGAAACAAGCACAAAGACAACAAUCAAGCAGUUUUACACCGUGCAAGUUCAUUGGAUGAGACUGGGGAGAUAGUCUGGCAUUUAGCCCUCUGUCUGCUUCUAGCCUGGCUGAUGGUUGGGACAGCAUUUUUGAAAGGAAUCAAAUCUUCAGGAAAGGUUGUUUAUUUCACUGCAAUUAUCCCGUAUGUGGUUGUGACGAUACUCCUGAUCCGAGGGGUUACCCUGGAGGGAGCCUCUAAAGGAAUUGAAUUCUACAUCGGAAGCCAGUCAGACUUCUCCAAACUGGCUGAUGCUCAGGUCUGGAAAGAUGCUGCAACACAAAUUUUCUACUCGACAUCAGUGGGUUGGGGCAGUUUAAUCACAUUGUCAUCCUACAACAAAUUCCACAACAACUGUUACCAAGGUACCAUCAUUGUCUGUGUUGUUAAUUGUGCUACGAGUGUGUUUGCGGGAUUUAUCAUCUUCUCCACUCUUGGACACAUGGCUCAUGUGCAAAACAAGCCCGUUUCAGAGCUUGCACAGUCAGGGUUUGGUUUGGCCUUUAUUGCCUACCCAGAGGCCCUUGCACAGUUGCCAUGGGCAACUUUAUGGUCCAUUUUAUUUUUCUUCAUGCUGCUCACUUUGGGACUUGACACACUGUUUGCAAGUUUUGAAACAGUAAUAUCAACCCUGCUGGACCAGUUUCCUGAGUUCCUUAGGCCAAAGCGUCUUUAUCUGACAGCUGGUCUUUGUUUGUUAUUUUAUUUCCUUGGCCUUCUGUUUGUAACACAGGAGAUGGAAGCGACACCAGUUAUAGUAAUGGAGGAGGAAGCUCUAUCACGAUAA